AUGAGUUCUCAAGGCAAUACCGCUAACUCUAUUGACGCACCACAGCUGCCCAUUCCUGGUCAACCUAAUGGCUCUGCCAAUGUUAAUGUUAGCGGGGCUGGUUUUGAUGCCGGUGUCCAGGGUGGUAAAAAGACCGGAAUGGACCUUUAUUUUGACCAAGCUUUGAAUUAUAUGGGGGAACACCCUGUCAUAACAGGAUUUGGGACCUUUUUAACUUUAUACUUCACAGCAGGUGCAUAUAAAUCGAUAUCUAGAGGGCUCAACGGCGGCAAGUCUACCACUGCGUUCUUGAAGGGUGGAUUCGACCCAAAAAUGAAUUCUAAAGAGGCUCUACAAAUUUUAAAUCUAACAGAAAACACAUUGUCCAAAAAAAAGUUGAAAGAAGUUCAUAGGAGAAUCAUGUUAGCCAACCAUCCAGACAAAGGCGGUUCUCCAUUUUUGGCAACCAAGAUAAACGAAGCAAAAGAUUUUUUGGAAAAAAGGGGUAUUAGCAAAUGA